AUGCAUGGGCACCCGGGGCCUGAGAGGCACAUGGGCGCUGCGCACGGACUCAGAUUCGGGCGCCUGCGGUCAUGGCUCCGGCCUGCGGUGGCUCUGGUCGUUGUGAUGGCUUGUGUCGCAACCGCUUCCGCCGACGCGGCCGCAUGGGACCAUGACUGCGGCAAGUCACUGGGUGGCACCGCGCCCGACGGUUCUCUCCCGCAAGGCGACACCCCGAUUUUGUCUGCCCCCGUCCGUGCCAUCUUGCAGGCGAGGCCUGGCCCCGUCCUCCCCGAAGACUUGGCUGGCUUGCAGCAAGGGCAGCUGCCCUCCCUGGAAGGCGCACCAGCGACGAGCAGGGCAUUCGUGUGGGAGAGGCCGGAGUGCACGAUGCUGCUGCCCGUGGUGGGGGACGAGUCUGGCACCAGGGUCAGUGGGCGGGUGCUGGAUGCGCCUUAUCAGGGGGACGUCGAGUGGACCAAGCCGAAGGGCGGACAGGCUGCGGUGGCAGGGAAGAUUGAGCUGGGCUUUAGAGAUGCGUGUCCUGAGGGUGCACGGCAGUUGUCAGAAUUUCUGAACGAUGGCAAGUUCUUCUCAAACACGAAGAAAGGCGUUGUAACUAAGUCCCACAUGCGAGGUGUGGUCCAUGGGGUGGAAGAGGACCUCCGGUUGGAGCUGAAGAACAUGAGGAUGUGGAUGUACUCAAAUGGCCCCCUCCAAGUUGCAAACAAUCAAGUUGGGUUGGCAGUCACCGUGGGCCUGAGAGAGGGCUCCCUAGUUAUUCAUAAUGGAACAGAGAACAGAAGCUUCGACCUCACAAGAAUACGGGCAACAGCUGUGGGAAAUGGGCAGAUAUUGGAGCAGGAUGGCGAGGUGCGAAUCCAGAUCUCCGACCUUCCCUACAGGUUUGACACCGCCCAGUUGGCGGAAAAGAAGCUUCGCAUCCGCCUCAUCCUCGAGUUCGUCACGAACAUUACCGCCCGCGUCGACCUACCACUCGAUGCACCCGCGAAACCGGGGGCCACGGUCGCUGCACCCGGCGCCAAUGCCACUGCGCUCGGUAAUGAAACCGCAGGUGGACUCCCAGAGCAAGUCUUCCCCGACGGUCCCGUAGUGACUCUGUCGGAGGUCGUCUUGACCGAGGCCGCCACUGUGAUGGCCGCGCCCGUGUUCGUGCUGGCGGUGGUGGGCGUGUGCCUGACGCUGGUGACGUUCUGGCACCUGCCCACCGUCAGGGCGUGCCUAACGCCGCUGGACAAGAAGACGCUGCGCCAGGUGGCCGACACGAUGGACCGCGGCAUGACGAUGGGAUCCAUGGGCGGUGGGCGCGUGCCGGGGGUGACAGACAUUGGCGGCGGUGGCCGCGGCAUGUCGUGGGUGGCUGGCGCGGGCAGGCCGUCCUUCGGCGACAUGUCGAUGAUGGACAUGGACGUGGGGAGGUCAACGAUGGUUGGGUCGGGUUUCUCGCGGGGCUCGCUUACCUUCCAGCGCAUCACGUGCUCCGUGCCUGUGAGACGGGGGAGUCACUGCCUGGGGCGCGCCGCCGGCUCGGCGGUGAAGAGCAAGUGGGCGGAGUUCGAGAAAGGGGAGGAGGUGUGGCGGGGCAAGUUCCAGUACAAGAUCAUCCUCCACCCCUGCAGCGGCGUGCUGAAGGGCGGCGAGUUGACUGGCGUGCUGGGACCAGCUGGCUCAGGAAAGAAGGCCAUGUUGCGGAUUUUAUCUGGCGAUCAGACCGAUGUGGACCGUGAUGCUGUGAUACAAGGUUCUGUUUUCACGCAAGGCACAGGCUUUCAGCAGUCAAAGGUCACUGUGGGAAUGGUAGCUGGACAGAUUGAAACUCUGAAGUCUAUGACUGUGGCCGAGGCAAUGGUAUACACUGCACUGCUCAAAUCCAAGCCUGGCACUGAGAUCACCUUGAUCAAGCAACGCAUCUUGAUGGCAGCUGAGGAGCUCCAGCUGACACCUUUGAUGUCGCGCUUCGUUAGUGGAAAGGGAUUGACUGGGGCGGAACGACGAAGGCUGAUGGUUGCCUGUGAACUGCAACUUGAUCCAGACAUCUUGCUUCUUGAGGAGCCGACGACUGGUCUGUCAGGACAGGAUGCAACAAACGUGGCGAAAGCACUUCGACAGGUCUCCCGCUUUGGUAGAGCUGUCUUGAUGUCCCUCAGCCAGCCCUCCAACGACGUGUUGUCUGCCCUUGACAAUACCAUGCUUCUGGGUCGCGGCUACAUGGUUUUCAACGGCCCUACCAGAGAAGCUUCCAGAUUCUUUGCCCAUGCCGGCAUACGUGCCAGCCCAAGCACCUUCCCCCAGCAAGCUAUGAAGGCACUCUCGAAGCCGGAGUACCUUGCUAGGCUGAUCCAAGAGGCGCAAAAGGAGGAUGGGCCCCUGCAGGGCGUGGCCCUGAUGCCCGCCCUCUCAUUCAAAGUCGUCAACAGGAACAUCCGACGUCGACGCAAUGUCAAAGGGGCAGCCUCUGGCUUGUCCACCCGGAGUCCCUACAUGUCAUUGCCCAACACCACAGAUGGUGGCGUUCAUGGGCACGGGCCUGGGCUGGCCAGCCGCGUCGUGUCCCCAGGCAUAGCGAAAAGCAUGCUUGCAGGAAGCUCACGGCAAGGACUAAUGGCUGGCCAUGGUCAGUCAAGCCACGUGGAUGAAGACCGUGGCAUCAGCAGCACCAGUUCGCACUCCAGCCCAUCUGAGGCUGCGGUCCAAGCGUUUGAAUUGAACAAUGGCCUGUCUGGGGCACAGCUCGAAAACUCGCUCGAGAGUCACUGGUUCUCGGCGAGGCAGCGCUGCGGUCCGGACCGCCCCGAGACGAUGGGGAGCUCUCCCAGUCCGUCCUCCUCGACGCCGCCUCCAGUCCGUCGCACGAAGUCCAGGUUCGUUGAGGAGAAGCAUGCCAACGACUUGGGCGAACUGGACAACCGGCCAGACGAGCAGCGCCUGCGCCCGUCGUCGAUCGACAGUGAUGGCGAGAAUCCCGCGCCACAGCGGGGCGUCACAUUGCAGUCCUCCGUCGGUGGCAGCUUCGACGACGAGACCCUCAGGGUGCAGGUGCAAUGCGAGGUUGCGUCAGACGGCCGAAGUUCUGCGGACCUCCUGAAAAUGGCCGUGCCCGAGGCAUCGGCGCCUGGCGGCGAGGUGGCGAGGACGGGCACGUUGCUGGAUGUCAAUGGCAUCCCUGCGGCCACCGCCCCCUCUGGGGCCUGCGACGACAUUGAGGACAGCGCCAAGACGCCCUGGAAGCCCUUGAGGAAGAGCCCAGGGCGAGGCAGCAGCCUGAAGCCCGGGGAGGGGCUCCAGCCUUCUUCGCCACUGCGCUUCAACCAUUCGUCACUAAGGAGGCCACCCAUCAACCCGAGAGGGUCCUUGUGCCAGAGGCGCGUGGUCGUCACGGACCAGGCACCGCCAAAAGGGGACAAGGCCGGGGGCGAGGAGCCUGGGUCUGCCACCGCGGUGCACAGGAGCGACACAGCCAUGCCCAUGCUGGAAGACAGGAAAGGGAGCGGCAGCAUGAGGUCUGAUAGAUACCUCAAGGAUGCUCCUGUCAGGCAGUCUGUUUCCCUGGAGUCUGCUCUUCUGUUUUGGAGGGGUAUGAAUCACAUGUACAGAAGGUUAACGAUGCUCACGGCGCAUGGGCUGGCCGCCUUAGGUUUUGGAGCACUUUUAGGGCUCGUUUUCUUUGAUCUGGAUUCUGUAGACACGGAUGAGCUGCGAAGUCAUUCUACAGCCCUAAUGAUGACAAUGGUGGCGCUCAGCAUCUCGGGAGUUGCCUCUGCGUGUGGCGUCAGUGCUGAGAGGGCGUUGGCCGUCCACGAAGUCAGGACACGACACUACCACACAAUGGUCUACGUACUGGUGCACUCCGUGCUGAGCUUUCUCAUACUCCGCUUCAUCCCUGUUUGCCUCUUCUCGGGAGUAUUCCUUUCCAUGUCAGAGCUCGAUACCUGGUCCACGUUGUCAUGGAUGACCAGCAUGCGGAUUGUCCUCUUCGUGGGUGGCCUCACAACCUUUUGGGGCACCAUAGCGGGGAUGGCGAACCUGGUGCUCAGCAUGAAGGCCACGGGAGGUUUCAAGACUCUGGCGCUUAUCGCCGUCGUAUUGUAUGGCCCCUUGGUGAGUGGCUUCCUGAUACCGAAGGACAAGAUUCCCUGGCCUGUGGGGUACAUACACUACGCAUCGCCUUUCAGCGUCACCUUCGAGGCCCUUAUGAUCAGCGAAUUCAGCGGUAUCAAUAUAGAUACCAGCAGACAGAUAACUGCCGAGGCUUCUGAAGGGACACUGCCGUCUUUGGAGGAGGACUCGUUUCACUCCAUGGGUCUCGAUGAGGACAACAUCGUGAUCGACUCUGUCCUUGGUGUCGUAUUCUAUGCCAUCAUCGUCAUUUUGGCCGUGGUCGGGGUGUGGGUGAAGUCCAAGCGGCCGCAUGCGCUCUCUUUCUGGAGAGGCUGCUGCUGGUGA